AUGCAGCCCGACGAUGUGCUGCUGCCCUGCAUUCUGGUCCUGCAGUUCUUUACAGCACUGACUCUGGCGGUUCACCUCUACAAGUGCAUUCGACGGAAGGAGCUGCCGAAGUUCUUGCGCUACGUGCGCGCAGCCUACCUCCGAUGCAGAGACAUGCUCGGCAGCGACACCCGAGACACCCGGGACAGAUGUAUGGAGCAGCGAGUGAACAGGAAGUUCCAUGAGACCCUGUGCAACCUUCUGGUUGCCGGAAGCAACCUCAUGGUGAUAGUCCUGUUUUUCCGGCUGAGUGUCUACCAGUGGCACCUGCUCACCAAUGCCAAUCACCUGCUGACUCCGGCUCUAGACAUCUCUAGCGUGGCCGGGUAUGCAGUGGUCCUGUUCAUGAUCUCCUUCAGGCAGCUAGUCACACCACGGAGCCUCGACCUGUGGUAUUUCGCGCUGCAGGGCUUGAACAUUUUGCCCCUAGCCGUGGCGGAUCCUGCCGACAUAGCCAGCCUCUCGCUGAUCACGCUCAUGCCACGCUUUUUGUGUGGUCUGGCCCCGCGACAUGGGUGGUGUGCAGUCGUGGGGAACUUUCUCCAUUGGCUGCUUGCUCUUUAUCAAGUUGGGUUUCAGCUCAACUCGAGCACCUUCGCUGCACAGUCGCUUGAAUUCGGCAUUGUCGUCGCCGGGAUUCUGGCGGUCCGACGGCAGAUGUACAUAAAUGUACGAACCAACCUCGACCUCAAGACCCGAACCAUAGAAUUGGAGGCAGUCUCAGGGCUUCUUCUUGGCUUUUGCGAUGCUGUUGUGGAGGUGGAAGCGGAGACGCUGCAGCUCACCGAGGACUCCCGACAACUGUCGACGAUGCUUCUUCAUGGGCAGCGGCUUAACUCGGCUGGUUUGGCCGGCAGGAACUUCCUCGGAUUCUUUUCUGAAGAGGACCGCGAGCGGAUCAAGGACUCCCUGGGCACCGGCGGAUCACAGACACUGGCCAUCAACGCCCGAAUGCUGGACUCCCUCGGCAGCCACGUGAAGGUAGAGCUGCUGCACAUCCAAUUUCGCAACCCCGACGGCCAUUUGCGCCGUCUUAUUGGCAUGCGCGAGUUCCAGGAUCUGGCUUCCGUGGCGCCGGCCCUGUCUUCCCAACAGAUCCUGAGAAGUGAGGAGAGCCCGCCAGCUGCACCAGCUGCUCAAGAAGAGGUGUCCGUUUUGUUCGACGCCAACACAUUCGAUAUCCUCAGCGUGUCGAAGGGCUUUCAAGCCCUGUGUACCUCGGUCGGGCAGGCAAUGGACUUCGAGGGGCUGAGUGUCUUUGACCUCUCCAAGGGGACCGGUCCGAAGUCCUUCAGCAGGCAGCUACAAGAGGUACUCCACGCCUACGACGAGAAAAAGCAGAGCAGCUUCGCCUUAGCUGGACUGGAUCUGCUCGGCGCAUGUCAGCUGGAGGCUACCGUCACCUUUGCGGAAGACACGGUUCUUCAAAGCCUCGUGGGCACUCUCACGGUAAUCACUUUUGCUUCGCCAGCGAAGCUCACAGAACGAAACUUGGCAAUGCUGCAAAGCGGCGCCACACCGAAUGGGCGGCGAAGUCGCAGCAAGGGCUCUCGUGCGAGCUCUCGCGGUUCCCGCGGCUCCGGCAAAAGCCAGCCGCUCGUGACCACCGCUCAGAGUAAGCAGGGAAGCAUUCUCGCACUACGUUCCCCGACGAUGUCUUUGUGA